AAAAGGAUUUCUCAAAUUUUCAUCUCACAAAUCCAACGGCUCAGAUUCGAUCAUCACAUUCAUCAUUGUCCUCUCUACAUUUUUACACCAUAAAUACAGAAACGUAAAGGGGUUUCACUUCAACCCUAGCUGAGAGAGGAUAUUUGCUUUCUCCGCCCCAUCGACGUUAAUCUACAGGUUCGUGAUGGUGCGUGCAAAAGGCAAGGCCAAUGCUUCAACUAAACGAUCAGUGUCCAAAGAAGAUGCUGCAGUUGCUUCUGAAGCUGCUACGACACUUGACUCCAGUGAGGUGGAAAACCACAUAGAAACUGGAGGCUCGGUUGAGAUUUCAGUGGAAACGGCUGUAACUGAAGAAACAAUGAUCACUCUUGUAGAAGAAGAAGAAGAAAAUGACGGAGCUGAAACUGUAACUUUAGAGGGGGAACAUGCUAUGGAGGAAGAUGAAGAUAAUAAAGAAAAUGAGGUUUUUGGAGGGGGAGAUGAAAAAUGUGGUUCUGAUAAGGAAGAAGAAGAAGAUGCUAUUUGUAAUGAUGAAGGUAAUAACCAAGAAAAUACCAUAGAACAGGAAGAUGGUGAACAGAACAUAGAUGAUAAGCAAGUAGGAGAUGCUGCUGGUGUAGAAAAAGAUAACCAGGAAGAUGACAUGCAAAAACAAGAAGAUGAAAAAAAUGCAAAUGAAAAGAAUAAGGAGAAAAUAGAAGGAUGUUUGAAGCAAAAAGCUAAAAAAAUGAAGAGAAGGAAUAAUAGGAAGAGAAAGGCAAAUGGAAGCCCCCAAGAGAAAGGUGAAAAUAAGCAAGUUAUGAAGAAAGUAGCCUCUAACGGUAAGGUUGAGAAGGACUUGGGAAAAUUGGAGUCAAAUGAUGAUGAGCAAAGCUCUAAGAAAGUUGCCUUCGGAGGUAAGUCUAGAGUGGCCCCUCAAGGCAAAGACGAGCCCGAGUCGUCACAAAAGAAGUCGUCCUCAAAGAAGAAGGCUAAGGGCAUGGGUAUGAUCUUCAUGUGCAACUCCGAGACAAAGAAGGAUUGUUAUCGUUAUAAGGUUCUAGGGUUGCCGGCAAGCAAGAAAGAGACGGUGGGAAAAAUUUAUAAAGGGAUGAGGCUUUUCCUUUACGAUGUUGAUUUGAAGUUGAUGUAUGGGAUCUACAAAGCUGCAGAAUGUGGUGGCUAUAACAUUGCACCCAAGGCUUUCAAGUCUCAAUUUCCUUCUCAGGUUCGCUUUUCUGUUCUUGAGGAUUGCUUACCACUAGCAGAGGAGACGUUCAGGCAAGCGAUUAAGAAGAACUAUUUCACAAGGUCAAAGUUUGAUUGCCUAUUGUCCUCUAAACAGGUGAAGGACCUGUGUAAGCUUUUCACUGCUGCGAGCAAAGGUUCCAGGUCCAAAGACACGCGGCUUGGAUUUGAGACCCCUGCGAUAUCCAAGCGAGAUAGAGUUAAGAGGCGGGGUCGGGAUGGCAGAAGACGGGCUGAACGUGCUCGACGACCUGAGCGGGUUGAAGAACGUGGGUACCGUGAGCGGGUUGAACGUCCUCAUUUUCAUGAAAGGGAUUUAGUUACAUCUCCAUUGGUGCCAUUAGCCCCGCUUCAACCUUUACCACCACCUGCUCCUGUUCAAUCUUAUGCAUAUAGUAGGACUUUGAGAACAGAUCCUUAUAGACGGGACACAGUGAUACAGCAUGAUGAUACUUAUAGGCAGAGCCGAUUGGUGGAACUUCCUGAUGCUUAUAGGCGGGACACAGUGCUAGGCAAUCCUGAUGUUUACAGAAGACAGGCAGUAGUAGAGCCACGUGACACAGUGCUAGGCAAUCCUGAUGUUUACAGAAGACAGGCAGUAGUAGAACCACGUGAUUAUUACAGACGGGAUGGAUUCCCAGAGCGUCGUGAAUAUCAUCAGCCACUGAGUUUGGAAACUAGACUCCGGGAUGAUAUUGGGAUCAAUGAUCCCUACGUGUCAUACCGUGAGCGUGUAUCAUACCGUGAUCCUGUGAACUCGGCGCACUCAGAGCCCGAGUAUAACCCCCCUCCUGUGGGUUUGCGAUCAGUAUACCGUCAUGGUGGUAUAUCUACAGAGUACAGUACUAGAAGUGUGCUUCCUGAGUCAUCUGCAGCAAGCUCUCUUUACGAGUACCCUCGUCAACCUCAGUAUCGAUAUUAGUUUCCAGUAAAGGUACUAUCAUCACAUGGGGCUCUGUUAAUUGUUACCAUCAGAAUUAUGCAGACUAAAACUUCGGAUUGUAGUUUGAGCUGUAUUCCGUGUUAUUCCUCAAUUCUCUCCCUAAGCAAAGAUAUGCCUUUGUUCCGUGUUUAGGUUAAUUAUCAUCUUUUUUUGCAUUGCAGAAUAUAGACACCCUUUAUGCCAGAGUUCUUUAUAUACUUUGGUGUUCGCCUAUUAUUUUGCUACGUAGUAGUAUAUGAAUUCCCUGUA